GUUUCGUGUUGUUAAGGCACGCUAAUUCCAUGGUUCAUAGUCGGAGUAGAAGUUGGCCAACUGUUAGCUUGCUAACUUCACAGACGGUGCUCAUGUUCACCUUAAUUGCGAAAAACAGCUAAUUGCGAAACCAACAGAUGGCCAUAGUUAAUAGCUGGAGAGCCAUAUUUUCAUAAUUUCCUAAUUAUUUUACUUGCAGAAAAUGUACAUUAAUGAUGUUCCUCCUUUAGACAUGGCAGAUGACUCCCUCUUUGAAUUUCUCCAUAUGGAAAUAGUCUCUCAUGUUUACAAGGAACAUGAGUCCCGCGGAGAUAACGAUAAGGAGAGAGGCACUUGUGUCUCCUUAUUAGAGCUCAUGGGUUUCCGGGUAGGCCAAGGACUUAUUGAGAGGUUCACAAAGGACACUCCUAGCUUCAAGGAUGAGCUUGACGUUAUGAAGUUUGUCUGUAAAGACUUCUGGACGAACAUCUUCCGCAAGCAAAUAGACAACCUACGAACCAAUCACCAGGGCACAUACGUCUUACAGGAUAACCGGUUUACACUCUUGACGCCGCUGUCUAGUGGGAAACAGUACCUGGAGGAGGCUCCUAAAUAUCUGGCCUUCUCUUGUGGCCUGUUGAGGGGCGCGCUGUCUAACCUGGGUCUGGAAAGUGUGGUCACUGCAGAGGUCUCCCUCAUGCCUGCUUGUAAAUUCCAGGUGGUGGUGCAGAAGAUUUAGACGACCGUUGGGAGACCUCAGAAUCCUCCCGUCCAGACUUCCCCUUCGCCCUCUACUAUGAAUGUCUACUUAAAUGUCCUGAAUGUUUACAAACCA